GAUGUACUAUAUUAUAAUAAUUUAAAGAUGAUUAAUUGAAAUAUUAGAAAGUCUUGGCUUAAGUGGAUAUUAGCAUUACUUUAUGGAGGGCUUGCAAUAAAUACAUAACAGUGCCAGAAUGUGGUAUGCAUACCAAAAGUUGACCUGUGUAAUGUCAGAAAGUGGUACGCUGUCAGAUUGUGGUACAGGUGCAAUCAAUUGCUAUAGUCAUAAGGUUUGUAGGAACAUUUUAAGCGAAUGCUAAAGUUAAUUAUACAUUUAUUUUUUGGAAACUUUAACUGAAAACAGACAAUCAAUUUCAUUUGAAAGAAAAACAAUUCACGACGAACAAGACAAAAUGAGAAGUCACUGCAAAGUUGCACAAGUAUACAAAUUUACAAGACCCAAUGUAUUGCAUAUGAUAAAUAUUUGCAUACUAUUUUUAAUGGUGGAAAAAUAUGAUUAAAUGACAUUAAAAAAUGGUCAUUUCCCUGCUAUCUUUGCACAAUUUGUUUAGGCAUGCGCAAGAAAGUGCAGUGUGCUGAUUUAACACGUGCCUCAAAAUAACAACUUUCUAAUUAUUUAACUGUUAAGGGACACUGGGUUAUGUUAACAAAGAUGUAACUUAUGAAUAAAAUACAAACUGUAAAGCAUUCUUUAAAUAGUACAUGACCUAAAGAUUAAUUGUGAAUGGGGUGCACAAGGUCAACAUGAAGGACAGUACAGCUCCUUGUGUUGCAUUUUCCUGCAAUGGCACAAGAGGGCAGCAUUUCAUUAAAUAUUGUUUUUGAGUAGAAAGAAAUUCAGAGGCGCAGUCUGAGUUUGCUUUCUGUGAAGUUUUCAUCAAAGGACUUCUUUAUACGUAAACCUUGCAUAACCCCUGGCAGAGCAAGUCUACCUGUGAUCUAUCACAAGUUCUGCAGCCCUAAGCACUGCACUGUGCUGCAUUCAAAUGCUUUCUAAAAUACCUCUGUAGAUUCUGGUACAAUAGUCAGCAUUUUUCUAUAGACAUUAUAAAAUACAAUACUGUAGAUUCUGCCUUUACACAAGCAAAUGUUUGAAGUUCACAUUAAUAUGCCCUUUACAAUAAAGCUAUUCUAAAAUGAUUUGGCGUGCUAAAUACUGUAGCAUACUGGUUGGGGAAUGUAUCUGUCAAACAUUUACUGUGCUUGUGAGUCCCCAGAAUUUGCAAUGAAAAUAUUGUGUCUUUUUAUUCUACAAUUACUUUGAAGCUACUGAUGUAUUUUUUCCAGUGAUUUCGCACGGCAGAAUUUAGCUGUGAAGAUUAAAAUACCAUCAGCGAUAUAGAUGCGUGGAUAGCAAAGUAGGCAAUAUGCUCACUGAUGUGUCAUCCAAAUUUAAUUCCCAAGCUUAAUUAUUACACAGUUUGUUUACUUAUUAAACUAGGUAGGUAGGCUAUAAUUUAUCGUCAAGUGCAGGCGGGGUAACGUGUGAUGUAACAGGAAGCCACUGUCGCUUACAGCCUGACAGCAGUUCCAAAUCAACUCACAUUUCAAACCAGUCGGCUUGCAUUCGCAAGAUUGUAAUAUCAGCACUCCAAAGACUGGAUUACUCCCAGAGACGAGGAUCAGCUUGCAUUUCUUAUACAGCAAAACAACCAACCCAUUGGGAAAAGGGAGAUUGAAUUGAACUUCAGACAAUUAAAGUCAGCAAACAUUGCUACUUGGAUUCUUUCUAACACCUUUCUGUUCUGGGCAGCUCCCCCAACUUAAAAAAGUGAUUACCAACACUGUAUAUCUCUCCAGAGCACACCCUGCGGGCCUCAAUGGUGAGAGAGUUACUGAACAUUAACCCUUUUGAGUGCUUUAAAUCAGCUUGAGCACCAAUAAACUAUUCAAAGAAAUCCAGACUGGGGUUACAGUUUUCCAAGAGGCAGAGAGCUGAGUGGAUACUGUGAGCACAAUUAUGGUAAUGACUGCUGGGGAAAUAACAGCUGAGGAGCACGGACUUUACCUAACAUUUAGAAAAAAGGACACCUUCUGAUAAGAGUUCUGCAUUGCUGCUUCAGUCCUGUGUCAAUUAUGAAGAUGGAGAAACACUGGGUGCCUUCUCUUUUGUUACUUAGUUCUGUUGCUAAGCUAUUUGUUUUCGCCCACCCUGAUGCUAACGAAACUCAACAUUCCCCGCAGCAUGUCUACAGUGAGCUUGGGGUCACCAGAAAUAAAAUAGUGACAGCGCAGUUUGAAUGUUACCAGAAAAUUAUGAAAGACACAGAUUAUAACAAAAAAGAUUAUUUUAUUACAUCGGACAAGGAAUAUCUCUUAAAAUUAAAAGGUCCUUUGUGUAACAGGACGUGGGAUGGAUGGCUUUGCUGGGAUGACACUCCAGCAGGAAUGACAUCAGUACAGCGUUGUCCUGACUAUUUCCAAGACUUUGACCCUUCAGAAAAAGUAACAAAGAUCUGUGAUGAAAAUGGAAACUGGUUUUCACAUCCAGAGAGCAAUAGGACAUGGACAAACUACACAAGAUGUACUGCCCACACACCCCAGAAAGUGAAGACGGCGCUGAAUCAAUAUUACCUGACAAUAAUUGGACAUGGAUUAUCAAUAGCCUCGUUACUUAUUUCUCUGGGGAUAUUCUUUUAUUUUAAGAGUUUGAGUUGCCAAAGGAUAACUCUGCAUAAAAAUCUGUUCUUCUCAUUUGUUUCGAAUUCCAUCAUCACCAUCAUUUGGUUGACAGCAGUGGCAAACAACCAGCCGCUGGUUGCAAGAAAUCCAGUCAGCUGUAAAGUAUCCCAAUUUAUUCACCUCUACUUGAUGGGCUGCAACUACUUUUGGAUGCUUUGUGAAGGGAUAUAUCUCCAUACACUCAUUGUAGUGGCAGUGUUUGCAGAGAAACAGCACUUGAUGUGGUAUUAUCUCCUUGGAUGGGGCUUUCCACUGAUACCUGCCUCUAUUCAUGCAAUAGCCCGCAGUUUAUAUUAUAACGAUAAUUGCUGGAUCAGUUCUGAAACACAUCUGCUGUACAUUAUCCAUGGGCCCAUCUGUACUGCUCUACUGGUGAAUCUGUUUUUCCUGCUCAACAUUGUUCGUGUUCUUAUCACCAAGUUGAAAGUCACACAUCAGGCUGAAUCCAGUCUCUAUAUGAAGGCUGUGAGAGCCACUCUUAUUCUUGUGCCGCUGCUCGGGAUUCAGUUUGUUUUGUUUCCAUGGAAACCACAGGGUCGCGUUGCAGAAGAGUUGUAUGAUUAUGUGAUGAAUAUCCUUAUGCAUUAUCAGGGCCUGCUAGUGGCUACAAUUUUCUGCUUUUUUAAUGGCGAGGUGCAAGCUGUACUGAGGAGACACUGGAAUCAGUACCGCAUCCAGUUUGGAAACAGCUUCUCCCACACAGACACCCUGCGGUCUGCCUCCUAUACAGUGUCCUCGAUCACUGAUGUCCAUGGCAGCAUGUACAGCAAUGACUGCCAUUCAGAGCACCUGAACGGAAAAGGAUCCCAUGACAUCGAUACCAUCGCUUUAAAAUCGGAAAAUACCUACGCCUGAGCCGGGAGGCAGCCAUUGACUAUCGCAGUUACAAUUGUUGGAGACUGGAGUUCAGAGUCGUUGGUCCCCUAGAUGACCCAGGAAACAACCUGGGACUCCUCCCUUUAUACCUGAUUAUAUUUAUAUUUAUAACUCAAUAUGUCCCAUUACUUUCUACCGUGUAGAUAAGAUUGGCCCUUAGUAUUUUAAAGGGACUGUUGGACAGGUCCCUGAUGAACUGGCACAAUGAUUUAUAUAUAGAAUAUAGAGUGCAAGGACGUGUAAAUGUUGUUCUGUCUUAAUGCAAAAUGUGCCUCUCAUCUUACAAGGCAUUGAGGUGGGUGAAGUGUUUUACAGACAGUCAUUCCUAAUUUAAAUAGUCUGUUGAUAUUUAAGAGCAUUAAUUGUGUGCCAAAAUCUUGAGUAAGCCUAUGUGAAGUGCUUUGUGCCAAAAUAUUACUUUGGUUGUCAUGAGUUUUGACCUUGAAAUGACAAAAAGAAGAGUUGUAUGUAAUGAACUCCACAAUGGCAUAGUGAAGAAAAUGACAAGGAAUGACUGCAGAACCAUUCCAUGAAACUACCUGUAGUCAGAUUGAAUCUGUGCUUGUGCACUUAAACAGCCCAAGAUGUCAUCAGUACCAGUAUUAUUUUUAUUAUUAUUAUUUGAUGUGUAUUUUUUAUUUUUUUUCAAACGGAUGCCAUGGCAACUGUCCGUUAUCAUGGUUUAUCUUGGAAUUUUCUUAAGACAAGAUUUUAUUGGCAGCAAGGGCUUUCCAAGAAUAGAUAAUGUUCUUCUCAUUUGUAAUAACAAUCUUUAUAUAUAUUUUUGAAAAUAGUUGUGUUGUAUAUCGAUAUAUAUUAUGUAUAAAACUAAAAACAACCAAAAAAAUAAUAACUAUUGUAAAAUUCUUAGUUUGAUUCAAUAUAUUAGAUACGUGGUGAAGGUCACUGAGAUAUGCUUAUUCAUAUAAUCAAUUGUCAGUAUUCAAAAUGGGAAGGUUAUGCAACCUAUUAGGCUAAUAUAUAAACUACCUACUGAGGAAAGAUCUAGUAAUUUACUGCUGAUAACUUAUCUGACAUCAGAUUAUGUGGCAUUCGAAAAUGCAUUGCCAUACAUGCACAAUAACAGAUACACUCUUGAUUGCAAAAUGCAAAGACAAAUUUGUAUUGUAACCAUAUCAAACUAAACUAAAACUAGCAAGGAACUACUAAGAAAAUAUAUUUAUUGUUCCGACCUGCAACUAUUGUUGUUUCUUGUUGGUAUUAUACAAUCACAUUUGUUUUAUUAAUUUUAGAAAAUUUUCCUUUGCCCCUCAAAAUAGGGUUGGAUUGUCUUUCUACUAACCCUUCUAGUUUAAAUUUAUUAUGCUGUUAUUUGAAAUAUUGCUGUACACAACAGCAUUGUAGUUACCAUAAGAAAUAUAAUGAUUACCGCAAAAAAAACUAAGAAGAAAAGACCCUUAUCUGGUUUAAUGUUUAAACUGUCAAAUCAACUUGUACUUACUUUAGACUUGAAUGAUUGGCAUAAUGGAAGUAUGCCACAAAUUAAUAUCACAUGCUGUAAAGCACAGUACUUCAAACUUGAUUUCCUUAUAAGAAGAAUAUUACAUUUUAUAAAGUAGAAUUAGUGUGUCUGUUCCACCACAAAGUUUAACACAGAUGAUUUUCAUUUCAUUAUAGAUACACAGGGAUGAAGCAUUGCUUCUCAGCAAAAAAUGAGUAUGGAUCCUUUAAUAACAAACAAUAACAAGAGUUAUUAGGUGUCUGAAAAAAAGCCAAAGCAAAUUGUAUGGGCAUCUGAGCUGAGUUACAUAUUCCUGUGGUCUUAUAAUAGAUAGUAGUUUCAAGGUAUUUACUGGCUUAACAGUUAUGUAGUCAGGAAUGAUUGGUUCAUUUCCGUGGGCACUCAGAUCUUUGACAAAUUGGCCACUACAGUCUACAAAGCAAGUAACUUGACACUCAACAUGUAUAUAAUACUCAAUUUUCCAUUUCACUGUAUCACUGCUUUAAAGUUAAAUUAUGUUGUGUAGGAGAAUGAUCUUCUUACAUUUCCUCAGGGGUUAGGAAUAUACCCUAACUGUGUUUUAGUUGUUUAAUUUGUCAGGCAUAUAUAUAUAUAUAGUUGUUUUUUUUUAAUUCAUUUAAAAAUAUAUAUGUCUUCGUUGAAGCAUUCAUGUUCUAUCAUGUCCUAAUGCUGGAAUAUACAGUGUCACACACACACACACACAUAUAAACUGGUAAAUGUAUUAGCAUUGUAUUUAUGAUAGUAAGAAUGGAGAACUGAUACUUUCCUGUUGUGUUUUAAUUUAACUGUGUUUAUGAGAAAGGAUUCUUCUUUUGGCCAAGAUGCAUUAAAUGACCUGUUGAGACAGUAUCCACAACCAGGCUGAUAAAGUAUGAUGGUGUUCAAUGAAAAUAAUGAGAUCAUAUUGACUCGGAAAGCUAUGAAAUGAAAAGCCAUACAUUUUUUAAUUAUGAAACCCAAAUAAAACCUAAAUCUUAAUUUUAUAGCAUUUGUGGUAAGAACCUAAUGAGGUUUAUGGUAAUGAAGUUAAAUGUGCAACAUUAGAAGGAUCCUGACUCUUUAGGGCUGUUAUCUAAUGUAUGAAUGUAAUUUGUGUGUCUUUUCUCCAGAUGUCAACAUAUACCUGUAGUUCAAUUAGUUUUUUACUAAUGUGGGCUUUGCUGCCAUUAUUCGUGAGUAUUAUCUAGCUAUUGUGGAGUGUUAUAUACAGAAGCAUAUUUAUCUAAUGGUGUCUCAAUGUAUAACAAGUGAAGCUAUAGUGAUAAAGUAUUACUGGUGAAAGCACAUUA